AUGGCGCGACAAAAGCAUGUCGUGUUUGAUGUUGUGGGGACCUGCGUCUCUUUCGAUGCAUUUUACGAAACUAUCAAUUGCGUUAUGGGGAAAAAGCUUAUCGCCAAAAACAUCACACCAUCAUUUUUCGGAUUCAGUUGGAUGACUGCGGCUGAGCUCGAGUUCACGUUCCUAUCGAUCUCUGAGCGCUACCGGCCAUACAGAGACGUACUUGGUGCCAUAUUCUACCGCACUCUCUAUAUGGCAGGUAUUCAACAGCCUAGAGACUUUGCCACCGAUCUCGAAAGAGAUCAAUGCGUUCAAGGAUAUUCUGAAUUGGAGUUGCGGCCCGGGACAGAAGAGUGUUUUCGUACAUUAAGGAGUGCCGGUUUCACCAUCUGGUGCCUCACAACCGGCGACAGCAAACGAGUCCAAGGUUAUUUCGACCGCGCCGGCGUGAGUAUGCCGGCUGGAAACCUAAUUACCUGUGACGUGCAAGGAAUCGCUAAGCCUGCACUAGCAGCAUACAAACCUGCGCUUGAUAGAAUCUCCUCUGAUGAUGAGAAGUGGUUUGCAGCGGCGCAUAUGUGGGAUGUCUCUGCGGCUACCAAAGUCGGGUUCCGGGGUGCGUAUUGCACCAUUUAUGAGAAAGAGCCUUGCUCUGAGAUCUUUGAUUCCAGCAUGGAUGUGCUUGCAGACACAUUGCCCGAAAUGGCUGAGCAGAUCGUGGCCGCCUCAGCUUAG